UGAGAGGUAAAAAAGAAGCGAAAAAGACCUUAUACUAUGACGAAAAUAGAGAAAAAGAAAACGUUGCCCUUCCCGCUCAGCCGGCUCAGCUGCUUUGGCAGUUGCCCUGGUUGCCACCAAUCGCUCUCGUGUUGAAGUGAGGGUGUGACUGUAAGCGCUGCGUGUGUAUUUGUUCUUGCUGUUCUGCAUACUGCGGUGUUGUCGUCGCGACAAGGCGAAACGCAUAGCGCAGCAGUGGUGCCCGAGAAAUGAUAUCCUAAACAGGCCGGGUUUCUUGUGCAGUGCGAAAAUGACAACCGCCGAAGAACCGAAGGUAGUCGACGCGAAAGUUGUUUUACUUGGAGCGCUAGGGGUUGGUAAAACGAGCAUCAUUACAAGAUAUUCUCAAAAGAAAUUUGUGAGCACGACGUCGCCAACAAUAGGGGCCUCCUUCACAACCCUUAGAGUGAAUGUGGGAAAUGCCAGAGUGAGGAUUCAGCUGUGGGACACAGCCGGCCAAGAAAGAUUCAGAGCAAUGGCACCUUUAUACUACAGGAAAGCCAAUGCUGCCAUUCUUGCGUACGACAUAACCUCUCCCAGCAGCUAUGAAGCAAUGAAGCAGUGGGUUAAUGAGCUGAGGAGAAACGUAGAAGAGGCCAUUGUUCUGGUCCUGGUGGGGAACAAGAGUGACCUGUUGCAGCACCGUGCAGUUGACCCAGCUGUGGCAGAAAAGUACGCUCGAGACGUUGGAGCCCAUUUUUUUGAGUGCUCAGCACUCAGCAACGCAGGUAUUGACGAAAUGUUUCGGCAGCUGGCACUUCACAUUGUUGAAUCAGAAGAGAAGGCUGCAGCCAGCAGACAAAACCAAGUGGAUUUUAACAGCAUUCCCACUGACCCUUCACUUUAUGGAUCAUUGGACACCUUUACAUUGUCAAAAACACUCCGAAUAGACCAGCUUUCAACCACUCAAGAUGAUAUCAAGUCGUCAUCAUCCGGUUGCUCCUGCUGAAAGGCAAUUCACUGGAGGUGUAUGUCUCCGUGGCCCAAAUAGCACGCCUCCAGUUGCACUCCUGCGGUGGAGUUACUUGGGCGUCAUAUUUUCGAUGUCAUCCUUCCAAAAUCUAACCUCCUCUCUGCAUGAAUUCUUGUGAAUUCAGUAAGUCGUGGUGGCAGUUAUUUCCAUAGUAUGCUGAAGGACAUUUAUAUUUUUUUUAUCCUAUUUGACAUUUAACGUCAUUUGGAACAAACGCCAAAUGUCACUAUAGUCGCUACAUCCCCAACUGCAUUAUCUGCAUUACUGUUCAGCUUUGUCCGCGUAUUGUGAUGCCAGCCAUCAUUUACAGUAGCUUACAUGGCUGGAAAGAAUGACUUGGGACCAUGCUUUAGUAAAAACUAGCUGCCUCCCUCUUUUUUUUCUGUCAUUGUUCAUUAUUAGAAGACAUUUUCUGAUGGCUAAAAGAAGCCAAAAUUAAGGUCUUUCAGCAAAUACUGGCAGGCAAUUGUGACAGAGGGAGAAUGUUUCCUGUUGAUUCAACUAUGCAAAUGCAGGUGAAGAUGCUACAUCAGCAUACUUCAAAUGUCAGAAUGACGUACCACAGUGACAACCUUUGCCACAGUGCCUUAUUCAUGCGUGAUACAACUAGAAGUGUCUUUGUGUCAUAUGUAGUCAUUGUAUGGUCACAUAGUUAACUCAAGCACUUUCAUACCUCUGUAAAUUUCUUGUGAUGCGUUUUUCUUUCUUUGUGCGUGGUUCUUUCAUUGUUUACCAAAACAUGGGUAAUUGUUUACCGUUUUUGAGUGUAUAACUUCAUUCCACCUCACAGUACAUCUGUAUAGCAUGUCAUGCACAGCUCAAGUGACCUUUGAGAUAAAUGCAUUCAUUGUUUGAGUUAUGUACAUUUCUUCACCUUUAGUGAAUUGCAAUGCCUCGUGGAAUAUUCUGCACUCUUGUUUCUAUCUUUCAAAGCAUGAUAGGUAUAAUUGCUCAAGCUUAAUAAAAACAUGAAAUACAAAGUACCGAAUUCUGCAGUUGGCAGGGCUAAACCAUGUAUGUUAUGCCAUAGGGUUUCAGUUCAAAAAGUAUUGAAUACGUUUUAAGAGAAAGUCAAAAUAUUUUUAGAUACUCUGCCAUGCAAGUUUGGCAGUAGGUAAAGGAAUGCUGUCAUACCUGAACUGCAUAUGUAGGGAUGUAAGCUGUCAAUGUUCUAGCUGACAUCUCAAGUGCCAUUGGGUUAGGCCAACAAACUUUUGGCAAGUUGUUUUUAUGCCGUGGGCAUUUUAUAAUAAAGUCCGUGCAGCCACUUUUCA